AUUAUGAGAAGAAACUUCACUUCAGUUACUGAGUUCCUGCUCCUGGGACUGACCAGUUGCCAGGAAUUGCAGAUUCUCUUCUUUGUGCUGUUUCUGGCCAUUUACAUGACCACGGUGGCAGGGAAUCUUGGCAUGAUCGUCCUCAUCUGGGUCCAUGCACGGCUCCACAUGCCCAUGUACUUUUUCCUGAGCCACUUGUCCUUCGUGGAUCUGUGCUUCUCUUCCAACAUGACUCCAAAGAUGCUGGAGAUUUUCUUACCAGAGAGGAAAACCAUCUCCUAUUCUGCUUGUCUGUUGCAGUGUUACUUCUUUAUUGCCCUGGUCCAUGUGGAGAUCUAUAUCCUGGCUGUGAUGGCCUUGGAUCGGUACAUGGCCAUCUGCAACCCUCUGCUUUAUGGUAGCAAAAUGUCCAGGAGCAUGUGCGCCUCCCUCAUCACAGUGCCUUAUGUGUAUGGGGCACUCACUGGCCUGAUGGAGACCGUGUGGAUCUACAGCCUCAUCUUCUGUGGCCACAGUGAAAUUAAUCACUUCUACUGUGCUGACCCUCCACUGAUUAAGCUGGCUUGUUCUGACACCUACAACAAAGAAACAUCAAUGUUUGCUGUGGCUGGAUGUAACCUUUCCUUUUCUCUCCUCAUAAUCCUGAUUUCCUACCUUUAUAUUUUUCCUGCUAUCCUGAGGAUUUGUUCCUCAGAAGGAAGGCGCACAGCUUUCUCUACCUGUGGCUCUCAUCUGACAGCUGUCACCAUAUUCUAUGCAACUCUUUUCUUCAUGUACCUCAGAUCUCCCUCAAAAUAAUCCAUGGCACAGGGGAAAAUGUUGGCCGUGUUUUAUACCACUGUGAUCCCCAUGUUGAAUCCCAUGAUCUACAGUCUGAGAAACAAGGAUGUGAAAGAAGCUCUGAUCAGAGAACUGUUCAGCAGGAAACUGCUUUCUAAAUAAAUUUGGGUGCUAAUUUUAGUUAAACACUUUUAUUUUAUAUGUCUUAUGACC